AUGUCGCUUCAAAGACUCGGAAGGCGACCCCUGGCUGGAUUUGCCGCUCAAUCUUCACCACUUACCACCCGACUCUUCUCUGUCUCGACCGCAUUCCGAAAUGCCCCCGUUUCCGCCCCCAGAACAACGCCAAAGAAGCCUCACACCAUUGAUCCACGAUGGCUGACCAUGACCAAGCGAAGAAUCGGCAGAUGCAUGAUGUUCGGAUUAAAGUCCCCACAGAUUCAAGAAGCCGGGGAGAUCCUACAGCAGAUUGCAAGGGAUUGGCGAGAAUUGAUCGCUGGCAGCGAAGGCUAUUUGACAGAUGAGACACGAAGGGGGCUAUUCCAACAGAGCGUUGCGUGGGGAGAGAUGGCGCUUGCAUCGAACAGGACAGCAUGGGUGUGUAUAUUUCUUUCGAAAGCAACAUUGGGACAUGUGAACAACGUCACAUACCCCCGAUAUGCAGAGACGGCGCGCGUGUACUAUACCCGCAACUUUGCCAUGCAUAUAGACCCGGCCCAUAAGACAGAGUGGUUGAAUCUUGUCAGCUCAAAGGGCAUCGGACUCAUUCUUCGAAGUAUCAAGAUUGACUACAAAUUUCCCAUGACCUACCCCGAUAAAGUUACGGUAUAUCAUAAGCUGGUUCACGACCCGACAUCCCCUGAUGCACCUCGUCAUGGGUUCUAUCUCCAUGCGAUGAUAGUCUCCGAGGCUCGCCAACGGCCCGCUGCCCGCGUUUCCGAGGACCUGGUCAUUUAUGACUACAAGGCAAUCAAGAAGGCGGAGCUUCCGCCGUUUAUCAUGGAACAGUUCAAAUCCACCUGGGAUCUUCAAGAGAAAGCUAAGAGAUACUGGCAGGAGCGCAUCCUUGAUAUAGAAACGAGGGUCCGCACAUUGGAAACAGAGAGCUGGGACCGGGAAGAUGCGGUCGAGGAUACCGGAUCUGCGAAGCAGUGA